AUGCCUGGGGCUGGGGUAGUUCCAGAAAAUCUAGCUGGAGACCGCUUUUCAUACUCCUUCCAGUUAGAAUUUCAGUGCACCACCAACCAAGCUGAAUAUGAGGCCCUCAUUAUAGGCCUAGAAGUGUUACUGGAAUUGGGAGUUCGGGAUGUGCAAGUUCUAGGAGACUCACUGUUGGUCAUCAACCAACGUUGCAAAAAGUUCAGGUGCACGAGUUUCUUACUUGCCCCAUAUUUGGAUCGAGCACUUGAACUGCUUGACCAAUUUGAUGACAUGGACCUGGAACAUAUUCCUCGUGAGCGUAAUUUUGCCGCCAAUGAAUUGGCCCAGCUGGCUACCUGCAUAAUCUUGAAAUACGGGGUUCGCAAGAAGAUUUUGAAGGUAGAGCAAAGAACCUUACCUUCGUGGCUUGCCAGGGAUGACCCACCAGAUGAACCCACAGUGGCUGUCUUGGAUCCUAUCGAUGUGGAUUGGCGUGUCCCUUUAAUAGAAUACCUCAAGCACCCGGAUCACCUCAUGGAUAAGAAGAUCCGUUUCCUCGCGCUUAAUUAUUUUCUCAGGAAUGAUGAAUUAUGGUGGCAUGGAGAAGAUGGCAUCGACUUCAGAUGUGUUUAUGGUCACGAAGCAAAGCGUCUAAUGCUAGAGGCGUAUGUGGGGCUCAUCAAGCGAGCCCAAAGAUGUUGUGGCUCAUCAGAAGACAUGGUUAUUAUUGGCCAAGCAUCUUAA